UGUCUGCUUUACAACUGGGAUACAAACACGCGCCAAAUUCGUUCUGCAGUAACUGUGCACUCACUGUUAUUGAUGUGAUAUGCGUCGUCGAAUAGAGCUGUCGUUUGUGAAUCAACUGACAAAAUUCCAAUCAUGAGUAAAGAAAUCCAAGCUGUCAAGACAGAGGAUCUUCCUGAUCCUUUCCUGGAAGAAAACAGAAUAAAAGAAGAAGAGGAGGAAAACAGCAUAAAAGAAGAAGAGGAGGAGGAGAAGAAAAAGAAGAAGAAAAGGAAGAAGAGUCCAUCUGAUGAUGCUGGGCAGGAUGAAAAACCUAAACCCAAAAGCAAGUCUAAACCCAGGUUCAAAUUGUUCGAACCUGAAAUUCUUGAAGGAAAACGGGAGAAAAAAAUCAUCCAGAGACUUGAUUUAAUGUGUAGACAGAAAGAAAAGCUGAAGAUUGAGAGUACAGGAAGAGGUGACAAACUGGGAGACAUUGCACGGAUUAAUCACUCCAUCGGAAAGCUUAAAGUCCCUCUGCUCAAACCUCUGCAUAACAUUGUAUAUGAUCGACCGGGAACUGCAUCAGCUCUGCGGAAAAACCUUCGGCUAUUUAAUGGAUUUCCUUUUGGGCUGGACAGUGACCUUUACAACAAAAAGGUGGAGAAAGUGAAAAAGCUUCAAAAGGGACUGCUCAAAACCAUCUGUCAGACUCUUGAUCUGGAGAGGACUGGAACGCAAAUUGUUCUUUCUGAGAGGAUCAUGAGAUUUCUUGUACAGCCAACCAACUCAGGAAAGCCUGUCCUUAAGAAGAAAAAGAAGACGACCAAAGAUGGCAAAAGAGAAAAAUCUUCAUCCAAAAGUAAAAAGCCACAGAAAAAAGUGGAAAGUGGAAAGUCCAAACCCAUUGUCUCUGAUUCCAGCAGUGAUGAUGAUGACGACGACGAUGAUGAAGAAGAAGAAGAGAGUAAAGAGAACAGUAAGGGCACUGAGAAGUCAGCCACAGCAAGUCAAAGAAAUAAAGACAGUGAAGAUAAAUCUUCUGAUAAAGUGAAAGAUUUUCAAGCUCCUAUAGAAGACAGCGACGAGGAAGAAAAAUCUCCUCCUCAGAAGAAAUCUUCCACUAUGAAUUCCACAAAGAAAUCUGACCAAAAGUCAGAUCAGACUACAUCAGAUGACAGUGACCGAGAUGUUCAUGAAGACAAGAAGACUGUAAAAAAGAAAUCUCCCCAGAAGAAGAAAUCUUCCACCAUGAAGUCCACGAAGAAAUCUGACCAAAAGUCAGAUCAGACUUCAUCAGAUGACAGUGACCAAGACGUUCAUGAAGACAAGACUGUAAAAAAGACAAUCAAGAAGCCUGCGGCAAAGAGAAAAGCUCCAGCAAAGCCUGUCCCUAAAACCAAGAAAGCUGACAGCAGCAGCAACCGAAGAAAAAAGAUGGCAAGCAAGAUCAAGGAUGAAAGUGAAAGCUCUGAUGAUGAUGUGCCAUUGAUCAAGAUGCUUAAAAAACCACCAACUGAUGACCAGUUGAAGGAGGCGAUCCAGGAUCUCCUGAAAGAUGCAAACUUGGAGGAAGUUACAAUGAAGCAGAUUACCCGACAAGUUUAUGACAAGUAUCCAGACUUUGAUCUGACCAGCAGAAAGGAAUUUAUCCGGGUUACAGUUAAAAGUUUGAUAUCAUGAAGUGAAGAGAAGAAAAUGCCUUAUUUAAAAGGACAGCAAGGGUGAAGAUCGUAUACAAGACUUGAUUUUCAUUACACUGUUCACAGUUGUGUAGUUUUUAUUUUUAUUUUAUACAAGGUUUCUCAACUUUCCAGCAAAUUCUGCUUUUUCAAAUUUUAAAAAGUCUUUUCUAAAGUUCACAUUUGACAGAGACUGAUGUAGAUUGUUUUGUUUGUUGAAAUAUACCACAUUUUUAAAAAG